UUUAUGAAUCUUUUUCCAUUGUAUUUGUAGGUGGAGAUCUGAUGUCAUUAUUAAUUAAAAAGGGCAUAUUCGAAGAAGAAUUGGCUAGGUUUUAUGUUGCCGAGCUGACAUGUGCGAUAGAGAGUGUUCAUAAGAUGGGAUUUAUACACAGGGAUAUAAAACCAGAUAAUGUUUUAAUUGACAGAAAAGGCCACAUAAAACUUACAGAUUUUGGCUUAUGUACAGGAUUUCGCUGGACUCAUGAUUCGAAAUACUACCAAAAAAGCGGUGAUCACACGAGACAAGAUUCGAUGGAAGCUUGGAGCAAAGCCGGGUCUGAAAUACCUCCGCCUUUAGAAAGGAGAAAAUUUCGAGAGAAAAAUCGAGCAAAAGCUCAUUCGAUUGUUGGUACUCCAAAUUAUAUUGCCCCAGAAGUACUUUUAAGGAGCGGAUACACUCAGCUCUGUGAUUGGUGGAGUGUUGGCGUUAUAUUAUUUGAAAUGUUGGUAGGUCAACCUCCUUUUCUUGCAAAUACAGCUGAGGAAACGCAAAUCAAACUGUGCUAGACGUGAAAGGCUUAAAAGCAUAUUUGGUUGAAAACGGAUUCCCUUUGGUGGUUAUGUUAGUGGAAGAUGGAACAAAAAUCCAACAACAUGCUCAACACGACAGUAGAUCUGACUGUUUAACGGGAUGCGUACCUCCGUUUGACGAAGCUGGUAUGCCUCGUGUCGAUUACUUCAAGGCGACUUCGGCAUACGCCGUCAAAAAGCACCUGGAAUCGAGUAGAUUGGCCGACACGGCGUACGUCCAGCUGGCCGUACCUUUGGCGCCGGAGGCUGCGCCGUACGUUUUAUUUUACGUAGGUACGGAUAAUAAGUUUUCGCACGACGACGUAAGAAGACGAUGGAAAACGACGAAGAGGCUGCUCAAGAAUGAAGGAAUAAAGGUGAUCGGAUUCGCCUCCGACGGUGAUCCAAAGCUUCUGAAAGCGAUGCUGAA